UGAGCUCACAGUAAAAAAUUUCUUUCUUAGAUUGUCCUGUUACCUAGGUGAGUCCUUUAAUGGAACCGUUGAAAUGAGUAUUUUUUACCCUCUCCAUUUUCAACGAACUGUCCACCUUAAACGCCGCCGCCAUGCCGUAAGAAAGGAGAAAUUCAGGCAUUACCCACCCAACCAAUCACGCAAACAAAAGCUCAUUAAAAUCCCCCCAAAAACAUUAUAUUAAUUGCUCAAACUGUUUAAGAUAGAAUCUAAAAGAUCAGAAGAAAUCGAAUAUCAAUUUUUGUUGUCUUAUAACAUGGCGUGUUAAAAGCUCUCUGCAUUCACACUUAAAUGGAAUAACCCAGAGCAGAGAAAACUCUCUUGAAUUUAAACUUGGGAAAACGGUAAGAUUGCAAGUCGGCCAAUAAAAUUACAAAUGGAAAGCAGACCAAAAGAAAAUGACUGCUUGAACAGUUGAUAAGCCUCCCAGCAGCCAUGUGGGUCUGAGUUAUUUCUUAUUUCAUUACGAACCCACUUGCCUCAUAAUCAGCCGAAAUUAAACCCAUCUCCCCAAAACCACCAUACAAUAUGUUUCCUUUCCAGGACUGGGGACUCAAGAUGGGUAACAGAAAUUGGAAUCUCUGAAUGUUAUCCGGAAUCUCUGAUAACAAAAGGCUGAAUGUUAAAUGAAUCUCUUACAGCAUAAGGCUGAAUGUUAUUUGAAUCCCUGAUACAGAAGGCCGAAUCUCUGAUAACAGAGAGGAGAUUCUCAGAUAAUGAAGAAGGUUGAAUCUCAGAUCUGAAUGAGUUAAAUCGUGGUAUACUGUUGCCACGCUGUAAAAUGCUAUGGUGAUAGCUAUAGUUGUUUUACCAUGGUGAUGGGCUACAGGGAUUUAUCAAAGCAGCAGCAGAACAACAGGGGCUACCAGCUAUGUGACUGCUAAACAACAGAAUACUGCUGGUUUCAGCGGUGGGGAGAUUCUUGUCUGUGUAGUCCGAAUCAUUUAUUACAGUUAAAUCUUCAAAUCGCUAAGACUAAUGUACUCUACAGGAUUAUGUCAGGCAUUCAGAGAUGUGUGGUUGGUAUUGCCCCUUUUCUUCAAUAUUUAUCUCUGUUUUAUUUCAUGGCUGCACAGCAACAACAACUGGGUACUGCUGAUUUUAUUCACAAUGGCUUCCCGCACUUUGCGGUGAUGUGGGCGUUUCUAUGAAGUCCUUUAUUCUGUAGUCAUUUUGCAAAGUCCUGUGUUUAUUGACAUAGGAUAACUUCUUAAGUUUCUCAAUUCAUUAAUCUUGUGCCUCUGGCUGGAUGAUGAGGAGCAGAAUUAUGCAAGGCGUUCAGACUUUCCUUCCUUUGGUUAUGGCCUUCUAUUUUUCUAUCUAUUUUGUUUUGGUGCCUGCACAACAGCAGCAGAAGAGUGCUGAUUUUAUUUUUGAGGGAUUCAAGGAUUCCAAUCUGAGCCUGAAUGGAGUGGCAAAAAUUGAUUCUCGAGGCAUUCUAGAGCUCACAAAUGUGACGCAGCAUUUGCAGGGCCAUGCCGUUUAUCCAUUCCCUCUACAGUUUAGAAGUUUUUCCAGCAACUCUACAUUUUCUUUCAGUACAUCUUUUGUCAUGUCCAUUGUACCCGAAUACCCAACUCUGGGAGGCCAUGGAUUGGCCUUUGUGGUGACAGCUUCUAGAAGCUUCGAGGGAUCCUUGUCUAAUCAGUACCUUGGUCUGUUCAAUUCUACCGAUAAUGGGAAUCCUUCUAAUAAAAUUUUUGCAGUGGAAUUUGAUACAGUCCAGGACUAUGAGUUCAAUGACAUCGAUGGUAACCAUGUUGGAGUGGACGUUAAUAAUCUGAUUUCAAACAAAUCUGUGACCGCGGCUUUUAUGAAUGAGAGCGGGUUGUAUCAGAAAUUUAAUCUCAAGGCUGAAAAGAGCAUUCAGUGUUGGAUAGAUUUUGAUGGUGGGAAUAAUUUGCUGAAUGUGAGUGUUACACCAGGAGGAAGGAGUAGGCCCAAGGUGCCCUUGAUUUCAAUGCAUCUUGAUCUUUCAGGAGUUGUUAAGGAGUUUAUGUAUGUGGGUUUUUCUUCCUCCACAGGGUUGCUUUCCAGUGCACACAGUGUUAUGGGAUGGAGUUUUAAAAUGAAUGGACCUGCACGGGAUCUGGAUCCUUCAAAACUUCCUGCAGUUUUGGAAUCACAAUCUGAGGAUAAGCACAAGAGAUUGGCAAUUGGGGUGUCCGUUGCUGCUGUGGUAGUCAUGACAGUAGCAGUUUUAGCGGGGGUUCAUAUUGUAAAGAGAUUGAGGGAUGUUGAGGUUAUUGAGGACUGGGAGCUUGAAUAUGGGCCUCAUAGGUUUUCAUACAAGGAGCUAAGGGAAGCCACCAAGGGGUUUAGGGACAGGGAGCUGCUUGGGGCGGGAGGUUUUGGGAGAGUUUACAAGGGGAUCUUACCUAGCAAUGGGCUAGAAGUUGCUGUGAAGAGGGUUUCGCAUGAGUCUAAACAGGGGCUGAGAGAAUUUAUUGCUGAGAUUUCAAGCAUUGGGAGGCUCCGGCAUCGAAAUCUGGUUCAGUUGCAGGGAUGGUGUAGAUAUAAGGGGGAAUUGCUUCUUGUUUAUGACUAUAUGCCAAAUGGUAGCCUCGAUAGGCUUUUAUUUGAGGAUAACAAAUAUGUUCUAAGUUGGGAACAAAGAUUCAUGAUUUUGAAGGGCGUUGCUUCUGGUCUGCUUUAUCUCCAUGAAGAGUGGGAACAACGAGUAGUGCAUAGGGAUGUGAAGGCAAGUAAUGUGUUACUUGAUGCAGAUAUGAACGGUAGGUUAGGAGACUUUGGACUUGCCAGGUUGUAUGAACAUGGAACCAAUCCACAUACCACUCAUGUGGUUGGAACACUGGGUUAUCUUGCGCCUGAGCUUACUAGGACCGGUAAGGCCACAACAUGUACUGAUGUGUUUGCUUUUGGGGCUAUGCUACUUGAAGUGGCUUGUGGGAGGAGACCCAUUGAACCUAAAUAUUCUCCUGAAGAAUUAAUCUUGGUGGAUUGGGUUUGGGGGAUGCAUUCUAUUGGAAAGAUUUUGAAUGUGGUUGAUCCCAAACUUGAGAAUGAGUAUGUUGCGAGAGAAGCUGAACUUGUUCUUCAAUUGGGUUUGUUGUGCUCUCAUCCUCAGCCUGAAGCUAGACCUCACUUGAGACAGGUAGUGCAAAUCCUUGCGGGAGAUAUGGUGAUGCAGCCAUUACCAUCGGAAGCUCCUUCAGCAGAUACACCUCAAACAACGCGGUUUUUUGAUGACUUCGUUUUUUCAUUUUCUUCUUACAAGCAAAGUUCCUUCAAUACAAACUCGCAUGCCAGUACGAGCUCAACACCUGAUGGAAGAUUGGCACUUUCCUUAAUACAUGGAAGAGACUGAAAGAUUUCAAGCUAGUAGUCUCGGGACUCAAGUGCUAAAGCAUUCUUAUUUAGUUUGAAUCUCAGCUGCAGAGAGAUUCUCCAGUUCAAAGCCCUCUGAGUGAUUCCGAUCUUUCAAUUCACUGUGUAAGGAUUGUUUUGUUGGUCUUCUGAUACAUAUUAUUAUGCACUUCUCUUUAUUGAAUGUCAAUAAUGGAUGAGUUGAUGCCUUGUCAGUCAA